AUGCAACUUUUCUGUAUCUAUUUAUGUAUCUCAUUUGUUGCUGCUGAUGAUCAAAUAACAACUUAUCUUGGAUUUUCAGCUGUUCCAGUCCAAAUACUGAAGAUGAAAUACGUUUUUUUUGUAAUAAUUUUAACCAUUUCAGUAUGUUCACCCUCCUGUUUUGGUAAUGAAUAUCAAAAGCUUCAGAAUCUGAAGAAUGUGGAAAUUCUCCGGCGGCCUAGACCUUCAACUGUAAAUAAUCGUAAGCUAACCAAGGGUAUGAUUAGUUCUCCAAGGGCAGCAUCAAUGCAAAUGGUGAAUGUGGACGAUUUUGGAGCGAAAGCUGAUGGUCGAACCGAUGAUUCUCAGGCAUUCAAGAAAGCCUGGAGCAAGGCCUGUAGUUCUUCCCAACAAAGCCUUAUUCUAAUUCCCAACAAGACUUAUUAUAUCAAUCCUAUCAACUUUACGGGUCCAUGUAAAUCUUCUCUUAAAAUGGAGAUUCGAGGAACAAUUGAAGCUUUUCCAAACACGUCAUUGUAUGAGAGAAGUCGGAGACGAUGGAUAUUCUUCGAGAAAGUAGGAAACUUUGAAGUUUAUGGUGGUGGAACCAUAAAUGGCAACGGACAAUAUGCUGACAUUUUUUUUCCUUCCUCUCUUUGGAAGCCUUGCAAUGACAAAGGCGCGCCAACGGGAGGGCGUGGAUACGCGAAGAAUAUCGUAUUUGAAAAUGUGAUGAUGCAAAAUGUGACUAAUCCCAUAAUUAUCGAUCAAAACUAUUGCGAUCAAGAUAAACCAUGCCAGCACCAGGUCUGA